GCUGAAGUAAAUUGCAUGAGGGCAUCGGCGAGUUGGGACGCGUCUUUGGAGAGAAAAGGUGGAGGAGAGGGCGCCGCGUAACUUCAGGUUUUUUAUCCCUCUCUCGGAAGGGGAUCCACAGAGUUUUCAACGGGGUUUCCAGUCACUGUGAGUCGGCGGAGGAAUCUCAGUGGGGUUUGAUUUUUGGCUCUGAGUCUCUUGGUAAUCGGACAGCCUGCCGUCCAUCCAAUGUGCGUAAAGGGGUUCUAUUUCCUCGCCGUCCUGUGUGGACUCGCAGCUUCAGGGGUGCUGCAAGUCAGCGGGAUGCGCAUCUAUACAUCUGGUGAAUUGGAGGCAGUCAAUGGGACAGAUGUUCGUCUGAAAUGCACAUUUCAGAGUUCUUCUCCAAUCAACCUCAAUUCAGUUGUCAUCUCCUGGACCUUCAGACCUCUCAAGCCAGGUCGAGAAGAGUCGGUGUUCCACUACCAGCAGCGACCAUACCCCCCUCCUGAUGGCAUCUUUAGGAAGCGCGUCACAUGGGCUGGCGACAUCAUGGGCCGCGAUGCCUCCAUCAUUCUUCAGCAGGUCAAGUUUACCUACAAUGGCACUUACAUCUGCCAGGUGAAGAAUCCACCGGAUGUCCAUGGAGCAGUCGGGGAGAUUAAGCUCCGUGUGGUCACCACAGCCUCGUUCUCCGAACUUCUUCUUCUGGCACUGGCCGUUGGGGGCGGUAUUGCUGCUGUGGUCAUCCUCCUCAUCAUCAUAUUGUCCUGCAGGCGGUGCAAGAAGAGGAGUCAGAGACAGCGGGAAGGCAACGAAGAGGCUCCACGAAAAGAAAGAAAAGACCCCACUGCGUGCCACCCGUCAAGGGCCGUACAUCUUUACUUGUCAGAGACGUCCAUAGAGAUUGACAGUUCAGACGGCAUGAUCUCAGACCCCAGCACUCCAAGCUCCAGCUCCUCAGAGGAGGAGGGCCCGAGCUCAGACGAAGAAGACGAUGAUGACUCCGACUGAGGAGGUGGGAACAGACAGAGAGACAGAAACACUGAUAUAAUGCCAGCCAGGAAGCUCGCUGGAUUGAUGCCCAGAUGGCAGGCGUGGAUUCCACGGUUAUUCCAAGAGGAGACUAGAUGAAGAGAGCCCUGCUGCUGUGUCGAAAAACAAGCACAUUGUUCAAGCAAGGGAGGAAAACGGAAAGAAAGUUCUGCUUAGGAUGGUCCGAACAAGAACAGAGAUCAGAGCGACGCUUUUGAUAACAGGUUUGAAAUGGGAUAAAAAGGAUAAAUACUUUACUUUAAAAUGAGUAGAGAAAUAUUCCUAUGAUGAAAGGAAUGCUGGAUUAAAUCUGCAUGGCUUCAGAGAUUAAAUAAUUGUAGCUGGCUUGGCUAUUCUCCUCGAAGGAAAGAGUGUUGUUUUUAACAUGGACCUUGUUGAUGUGUGAAGACAACACAAUCAGCUGCAACUGAAAAAAAGAAAGUGCUUUCUGCGGUGAUGAGCCAUACUAAGACUUUUUCUGUUGGGUUAUCAGUCAUAUUGUUGUUAUUAUUGGGGAUGGUAGAGGUCUUGCAUUUCAUUCAGCAAACCGUUAUAAUAGUUGCAAGUGUCAGAGCACUUGUUUCAUCCUCUUAGUCAGAUUGGCUAAUGUCCCAUCAGAUUACUCAGAUUAAAAUGAAUACAUGUGAUGUUGCUGUCUGAUUCAGCUGAAGGCAAAAUUCUCGAUCAGUCAGCGGGCAGCCACAUGCCCGCACCUGUCCUCGGUGCUGUGUGGGAACAUGCAGUCAGAUCUGAAAACCCUUUGAAUGCAAAACGUCCUUGAGAGUCCUUUUUCCCUCUCCUCAUGUCUUUGAAUGCACCACGUCUACUAACAAAUGAUUGUAUUACGUGACUUUUAUCCUUUUUGUGACAGAAUGUUGUACUUGUGAUUUAAUACUGAGCAAUAUCAUUAUUGAUUUUCUUUUUUUUUUUAGAUAUGCCAGAAGUAUUUUAUGUUGUUCUUGAAAUGUUACUGUAUGUGUUUGUCAUA